UAUUUGGCAUUCCAUAGCACCGCAUCUUGUUGUCAAGUUGAGUUCUUUCGAAACAACUUAUUAGGGAGCUCAGAAAUUGAUGAAUUUAACACUUCUUCAAGAGAAUAUACCUAGAUGAGACCAUGUCUCGUGACUGGGAACGCAAUUUUACUAAUACCAUGAGAGAAACAGAAGAUAAUCUAAGCCGAAUGAGGAAUCGCCUUGAUCCAGCAAGGUACAAGCCCAUAGACAGCACUCUCAUAGAUUCUCCUCCAGAGCCAACUGAGCACUUAAGCAAUGGCGUUCCGAAGAUCAGGCUGAAAAACAACAACAAAGAGCGUCCAGUUUCGGCCAUUAUGACGAGUACCUCCCCAAGUUACGAGUUGUACCGACACAGUGCGCCAUCUACUGGGCUGGUAGCAAUUCUCUCGGAGAAAGUGGAGAGACAGAAUAAGGUGAUAGAGCAGCUUGCACACCAGGUCCAGGAUCUGGAGAGGGACAGGAGGAAGAAUGAGGUCAAGGUUCAUGACCUAGAGCACCAGGUCAACACCCUAACCACAAGACUGACUGAAAACAGGGGGCAACAUAAUCAGACGGAACAGCAGAUUGAAGGUUGGCAGAGAGAUGUAAGGAAUCGUUUAGAUGAACUCCAUGAGCGAGUCACAAGACAGAUGACAAACGGUGGAAGCAGCGAUGCGUACAACAGUGAGGGCGCUCUUGCAAUGCUUGCCAGAGAUCUCCAUGAAGUGAAACGAACGCUGCAGGGAGAAUACAACGCCCUCCAUCAUGAGAUAGAGACACUGAGAACAAGACUGGUCAAGCAAGAGAUGGAUGUGACCGGUCAGCUGAUGGAAGGGAAAGAGAAUGGCCGGAGAAUGGACAGGCUAGAUAGGAAGCUUGGAAAGGUACAGUCAGACCAACAGCUGGUGCUAUCCCAUCACCUUGGGUUGUCUUCAAGCUCUCAUCAACCCCCUUCCAGGCUGUACAGCGACCAGAAAGACAUCACAGAUCUUAAGAUGGAGAUGAGUAAGCUACUAGCUUCAUUCAGCAGGCUUGAAAGUGCUUCUCAAGUGUCCCGCUCCAGCAAUGGAUCAGCGCCCUCUACUGUCUCCGCCACCACUGUAUCUUCCAGCAUCAGUAGCAGACGACACAGGUCCUAUCCUUCCUCUAUGUCCUCAUCCAAGGGGCCGAUAGCUGCAUCGUCGCCAUGGCAACGAUCGGGACAUCAUCAUUACCAGGACAGAAAGAAGAAGAUGACAAGGGGGGCCAAAAUAGGGACCAAAAUAGGGAACAGCGACGGAAGUAGCACGAGCAUCGAUGACCUGAGCAGCUCUGAGAUCUCUCUGCCUCUCAGCAUCAGUCAUGGGGAGGAGGAGGAGGAUGAUGAGGAGAAGAGGAGACGGAGCAUGCAGGGUGGAGGAGGAAACCAGUUGGUGGUUGAUGAUGAUGAUGAAGACGAUGAGGAUGUCGAUGAUUUCCAAGAUGACCUCAGCCUUUACCUGUCUGACCUAGAUGUGAGUCACAAGGGUGAAGAGUUUGGAAGCACCAUCUCACUGGACUCUGGAAACCUUGACCUUGAUUUCAUGUGAGAGAGACAUUCAGAUGUGGAUUUGAACUUUGAACUUUGAACCUUGACUCUGCCGUGCUAAGUUUGCAAGAGAGACCUGUCUGACCUAGAUGUGAGUCACAAGGGCAAAGAGUUUGGAAGCACCAUCUCACUGGACUCUGGAAACCUUGACCUUGAUUUCAUGUGAGAGAGACAUUCGGAUGUGGAUUUGAACUUUGAACUUUGAACCUUGACUCUGCCGAGCUGAGUUUGCAAGAGAGACUUUAUCAGGAGUAGGAAGGCAUAAUGUAGCAGCUUAGUUUGAAAUGAAAUAUCCAACUAUUACAUGAAUGCUGUCAAUUCAGACUUGGGGGUCAUAAAAAUAUUGAGAAAAAUGAUUCAUUGUGAACUACUAGGAGUAAUUAGUAUGCUGUUUUAAUCACAUGAAUAUUGUUGAAGGUGAUUUUAAAUCAAGCAGUUUCUAUGAAGCAAUAUCUCUCGCUGCACUAGGAUUAUUUUUCUGGUAAAUUCCGACUUUGGACGAGAGAGAACCUUGAGAUUUUUAGUUGUAAAAUGACCGAUAUCCUGUGUGAGCGAUGUGAAUAUUGUUGCAAAUUGCAAAUUCCUUCCAUACUGACAUCAUUCUACUUCUUUCUUUUGGCUGAUAAAAAUAUUGAGAUUUCUGGUUGUGAAUCAAUAAUCACCAUGCUGUUUGAAUGAAUUUUUUUGAAUUUUUUAAAAGUGAUUUUGAUGCAAUUUUUAUCAUAUCUUUAUCAAAUUGCAAAUUUUCUUCAUACUGACAUAAUUUUUCUGAGCUCUGUAGUGAUUAAAAAAAAAAAGAUUUUUUGUGAACCAAUGAUGAGAAUGCUGUUUGAAUAUUGUUUAAGUAUUUUUAAUUCAAGGUUUUUUUUCAACAUUGCUGUAUUAAUAAUGUCACAAUAUUACACAUUUACUGUUCAAUUCUGACUUUGGAGUAAAUAUAAGCAUUAGAUAUCAGAUUGUGAACCAAUUACCGGUAAGCUGUUUGAAUGGUUGAUUGUGAAUUGUUGGAAGUGAUUUUAUUUCAUAUUCGGUUUCAAAAGAGUAAUAUCAAAUUACAAAUUGUUUCCUUGUUCGAAUUAUAUUACCCGUUGAAUUCUAAUUUGGAAGUGAUAAAUAUGUGAUAAAACAUAUACACCAGGAUGUGGUAGAUGCAGGUCAUAAUGCUGUUAAUUAAUGAAAGUGGUUUGAAUACUGAGAUAAAGCCAGCAUUGUUUACUAAUUAUGCUUGCGCCCACCAAAUGUGGUACCUGAGGCAUUAUGUUUUCAGGUUGUCCGUUCGUAUGUCCGUCUGUCCGUCCCACUUUCUCGUUAUCGCUAUAAUAAUUCCAUCCAUUUCCUAUACUGAAUUUAGGGCGGAGGCAUCUAUAGGAGACACAGCUGCAUUUGUCUUAUCUCGUCAUACUCUCACUCUAUGAGCAGUCUCACUUUUUCUUCUUCAUGAUUUCUUCUAGUAUAUAGUAAACUGAAAGUGAGAAUAUAUUGUAUGUGUAUACAUAGAUAGCAAUAUUAUACAGCAAAACCUCUUUAAAAAGAGAUCUAAUAUAACAAGGUAUCUGUUAUAACAAGGUGAUUUGCUGGUCCUAGCUUUUUACAUUUUAUGUUUUUUUGCGUUGAUAAAACAAGAUUCCUGAUAUAACAGUAAUUUCCAGAGUCCCAAGGACCUUGUCCAUAUAAAGAGGCUCUACUGAAAUUUAUUAAUCUGUGUUUUUGUGAUGUCGCAUCUGUAAUUAUUCUAAACUUGGUGCAGACAAAUCAAUUUAUUUGUAUUCUUGUUUUUAAAUGUAAUCAUGCUCUAUGCAAUAGGUGUAGUAGGAUAGAUGGUAAUAUCUUAUGAAAUGCAAUUAGAAUCUGCAAAUUAUGUACGUGUGCUGAAGAAGUAGCUUGUGUAUUGAUAGUGUAUUGAUAGUGUAUUGAUAAACAUACCGUAUACAUAUGUUGUUUGUAAAAGAAUGGAACCUAUGUGGUUUCCAUUAAAUGUCAAUAGGUAGAAAGGCCUGGGCACUUAAUAGACACAUAAUAUCUUUUUUUGUGAAAUGCAAUCACAUGCAAUUUUUUUUGUUGUUGAAAGAUUUAAUUUAAUUAUUUACAUGAGAUAUUUAUAAAAUACAGUCUGUUUAAUAAUGAUAAUAAUAUAUUACAUUUAUAAAGUGCUUAAAACAAUGUUUAUAAGCACUUAACAAAAAUCUGAAGACUUAAUUCCCUUGUAAAUCAAGACAUUUUAAAGUUUCUUUAAUUUGAUGUCAGUUGGUUUUGUUACAUAAGGAUGCAGUUUGCUGUCUUAUAGGAUUUGAUAUGUCUCUUUUGGUCUGGACCCUCGAGCAUUAUUGAAUGUAAUUUGAAUUUUUAUUUCUAGGUUUGGUUUCUAGCCCCAGCGGGUUUUCAAGAAAAUCACUGAAAAUAGAAGACUUUUAGUAAAAUAAUUGCUCUCAUUAGUAAAGCCCUGACUCCUCCUUUAAACAAAAUUCCGGACGAGAAACGCUUUACUUUUGUUACUUGGCCAUAUACAGUCCUCAUUAUUAAUAAUAAUAUUCCAAAACUUGUGUGAUCUGUUAAGACCUACAUCUGUACUCUUCAAAUUUGAAAAUGUGAUUUAAUUGCUUUGUCCAUGACCAAAUUUUGAUAUCAUGAUCAUUAUUAAGUCAUUCUGCAGAAAUUUCAUCUACUUGGGUGUGAAGAAAGAGGCCCCAUAUGUUGUCACAAGAUUGAGGUUGAUGAGUUUACAGAGCAAAUGUCAACUUCUUAGUGCAUAUAUAAAUACAAGACUAUAUGGUAUUCAAUUUAUUUAUUGUACAAACAAUGACUGGUAAA